CGCCCUUCCUGUACGGCACACACUACUCCACACCGGGGUACGUGAUGUACUGGCUGGUCCGUGCGGCCCCCAGCCACAUGCUUCGGCUGCAGAACGGGCGCUUCGAUGCGCCGGACCGCUUAUUCGCCUCGGUACAGGAGGCGUGGGAGGGUGUGCUGCACAGCUCCACGGACGUGAAGGAGCUCAUCCCCGAGUUCUUCCUCCCGGGUUGGGACUUCCUGGUCAACAUGAGGAGGCUGCCGCUGGGGGUGCGGCAGAACGGCAGACCGGUGAAUGACGUAGAGUUGCCCCCCUGGGCCACCGACCCACGGGACUUCCUGGCUAAGCACCGCGCCGCCCUGGAGAGCCCCGUGGUGAGCCGGCAGCUGCACGCCUGGGUCGACCUCAUCUUCGGGUACAAGCAGCGGGGGCCCGCGGCAGAGGCUGCUGACAACGUGUUCUUCCACCUGACAUACGAGGGGGCGGUGGACGUGGCGUCCGUCACCUCCCCAGUGGACCUCAAAGCGCUGGAGACGCAGAUCAACGAGUUCGGUCAAACGCCCAAGCAACUCUUCACCACGCCGCACCCGCCGCGCCUCGUCUGCCCGCCGGCACCGGACCCAGCCACAGUCUUUCCAGACGAGGACGGAGCCGCAGCGGCGGCCGUGGCGGCCGCCAGGGCCCGCGGCGGCGGCGGCGCUGCUGGCGGCGCUGCUGGCGCCGCCGGCGGGUGUAAUAGCACCGGGUACGGCGGCGAGGGCGACGCGGGUAACCGCGACCUGGCGUUGGCGUUACUGUCAACCAUCAUGGCGGCGGCGGCACCAGAGUACGGAGCUGGCGGAGGCGCCGUGGCGGAGGCGGAGGGGUUCAGCGGCGGCGCUGCUGGUAUAGCUGCGCCGGCGGCGGCGGCAGCGCAGCAGUUACAGUCACCGCCGAGGCCGCAGACUCCGCCGCCGUCGUCGGCCGCCGGCAGCAGCAGCGCCGGCGGCGGCGGCGGCGCCUCCUCCUUGUUCUCCAGCUUCCUAAAGCUUGGACGCUACCAGCAGCAGCAACAACGAGGGACGUCGUUGUCAUCGUCCCCGUCGCCGCCGCCGCCGCCACAGCAGGGAAGCUCCCUGACCUCCGCCGCCUCUGCGCCUCCCGGCGGCAUCGGCGUCGGCGUCGGCUCUGCCGCCGGCGGCGCCUCCGCCAGCAACGGUAGCAGCAACAAUGGCGGCGGCGGCGGUGGCGGCGGCGGUGCUCCGAGGUUCGCGUCGCCUUGGUCUCUCAUGGGUGCUCUGACAGGCCUACCGGGUCCUCGGAGACCCUCCAGCAGUGCUCCGCAACCGGAGGAGGCUACAGACGGUAGCAAUGGUGGUGGUACGGCACAUGGCAUGCCUAACAUCAACCUCAUCGGAAGCGCCCAGGCUGCAGUUGCCGUACCCCCAGCGGGUACGGGUACUGCUAACGACGUGGCGGAAAGCACGGCAGCAGCGAUUGAUGGCGUCGCGGCGUCUGUAAGCAGCGGAGGUGAAGAUGUGUUGGGGAUAACGCCCGGCGGCGCCGUUGCUGCAGCGGUUGUAGCGGAGCUGGGUUUGGGGCCCAGCAAUGGUGGAGGAGAAGCACGUGGUACCGAGAGUCCUCGAAACGACGCGUCUUCUUGUGCGACAGCGUGGAUGGCGGAUUGGGGCUGGGGUGCUCGCUGCAGACGGCCGUUCCGAGCCGUCGCCUGGUCCCAACUGACCCGUGGGUCACUGGCUGCUGUGGCCUCGGGUCGUAACGGCUACCUGUACUGCGUCGGCGCGGACGGCAUUCGCAUUGUACGGGACGCCGCGUCCUCGCACUCCACCGACGACAGCGCCGCUGCCGCUGCCGCCACUCCCGCUGACGCUAGCGGUUGUCAGGUGUCAGUUGUGAGGUCUGCCAAGCUGGAUGGUGAGCUCAUGUCUCUCGCGCUGCUGCCCGUGGGUUCGGCGGGAGCAACCGCUGGCGCCACCGUCACCUCGCCGCGAACUCGCUUGGCUGAGAGCAGUCCUGGCAAGGGGGCCCUACAUCCGCACUUGCAGCACCCGCAGCAGCAGCAGCAGCGGCAUAACCGGCUGCUGCUUGCCGGCUGCCAUAACCGCAAGGUGUAUGCCUACUCGGCAGAUGCGGGUCGCGUGGUGGGCUGCUUUGAGGCGCAUGACGACGCGGUGUGCUGCAUGCAGCUCAUGACGACCCAUGGGUCAUCAGCGGCGGCUGCCAGCGCUGCUGCUUCCUUGGUGACGGCCUCUUGGGAUUGCUCCGUCAAGAUCUGGAGCCUGGCGGAGGGUCGCGCCCCCUGGACCACCGGGCUCAGCCUUGCCACCAGCGAGCUGCGCGACUUCGACAGCGGCGUGUGGGCGCUGGCGACCGACCCAUGGGCCGGCGCGCUGCUGGCGACGGGAACAGAGGAGGGCGUCGUCGCGCUGUGGGACACUCGGGCGCCGGGACGAGGCGGCGGCGGCGGCGGAGGUCGCAUUGGGUGCAGCCGAGUGUGGCAGACUCAAGCGGCGGAUGAUUACGUUGGCGGUUUGUCGUUGGUAUCGGAAACAGUUGAUGCGUCGGCGUCGGCGUCGUCGGCGGCUCGUUCGUCGCUAGGUAUGGGUAUGCCAGGAAGGCUCGGCAGCAGUGGCUGUGCGCCUGCGCUACUGCUGGCGGCGACGGCUGACGGCGCAUUGACAUUGUACGACAUACGCAUGGGAGGCAGCGGCGGCGGCGGCGGCGGCGGCGGAGGUCUGCGGUUGGCGGCGGCAGCAUGCGGGUCGCCAUUGAGGUGUUGUACGGCAGAUGCGCGGCUAGCGGUUGCAGGAGACGAGUCGGGAGCGUUGCAGAUUUGGGAUGUGGGGCUUAUGGCGGGCGGGAUGGAGACGGUACGGCAG